GGCUGUGAUGUCACGGCUCUCACAGGUGUGUUUCUCCUGCCAGUUGAGCUUCCUCGUUAAUCCAAGACAGUGUUGAGUGGAGACAGGUCAGUUUGGAUCAGAUACCAGGGCUUGGAUGGAUCUUUUUCUGCACAACAAGAAGUCCAUGUGAGCUAGACUAACGUGGCUGCAUUCAGCAGCAUCUAGUUUGAUUGGAUGAUCUCCUGAUGGACCCCCCGUCAUAUGAAGAGGCCAGCCGCUGCCCUCCCCUCUCCUCCUCCGCACCACCUCCUCCCACCUACAGAGAAGCAGUCCAACCAAAUCCAUUUCCUGUCCUGACUCCACCGACAGUGCCAGUUGCUGUGGCUUCACCUUCUCAAGACACUGGAAUCAUUGUCCAUCCACAAACACUAAUUGGCGUACCAUGUUCUGUCUGUACCGGAUCAACUCUACCAGUAGUUCAGAUCCAGCCACCGCCUGCUCUAGUCUCAGUGACACAUCUGAGCGACUCCCCUGGUUUGGUGAGCUGCCCACACUGCCACCAUGUUGUCACCACUAAGAUCAAGAACGUGCCUGGGAGGGACGCCUGGUGCUUGUGUAUAUGCAUUGCAGUAUUGGGGCUGAUCUGUGGUUUCUGUCUGAUCCCGCUGAUGAUACGUGGUCUACAAGAUGUUCAUCACUACUGUCCGCUGUGUGGAAAUUGUCUGCACAUUUACAAAAGAUGACACUGUGAGGAUUAGUAAGGCUCCUUUUGUCCUCAGUCCACCCAAAAUUGUAUAACACACAUAGGUAUUUUUGUCACAAUAUGAAUAAAUAAUCUUUGUCAGAGCCUUUGUCACAAACUGUAAUAUGUAGUUUACAUACUGAGCAUGGACAGAAGGCAAGUGGAUUAUGCUGUAGGAGCAGUUUGAGUCAUUUCUAUAGACAUUCUAUAAAAAUUGUCACAGUUGGAAUCUUUUUAAACUCACCACAGCUGAUUUUUACUAUGAAGGACAAAAUUAACAUCUUUUAAAACCUACAGUGCAGAGAGUGAGUAUACCAAAUAUAUUUAAUUCUUCAUUUUGAAUAUUAUUUUCUAAAUCAUAUUCCACCUCUGCACCUGAG